AUGAUCAUAACUAAAUGGAAGAAGAGUCAAAGUAGAGCAGGGUCGGAAGUAGCUUUCUGCAAGCAUCUUGCGGUUAACGGACUGAACCAUCUUUUGGAGCCUGUUGACCAAGCAAAGCUCGCGACAGCAAAGGAAGAACGUGUUCUCUUGGCUUACGUCAGGUACCUCAAAAAGGAAACAGAGUACGUUGAUAUGGUGGGUGCAAGUGGCAGUGAAGGAAGUCAAAGGUCCCUUAGGAUGCUCCUCGAUCGAGUUUACGUUGCUUUGCGAAUAGAACGCGCGUCUUCGUACGAAAGAUUGCAACAAGCAGCGCAGUUGGACAAUGAAAUGAAAGCUCUUUUUACUUCUAAAAACAUUUCUUGGGAAAAGCUUUCUCCUGAUGAGAAAGUACAUCUUAUUACGCUUUAUUUGUCGGAAUUGCCGUUAUCUCAGUCGUACAAUCCAGUAAGUGAGGAUGACAUAUCUGACAUUCCUAUUGGUGAAGCUUUUAAAGAGCACAGUGCCCUAGUUGUUCUGGGUGAUCCCGGAUCUGGAAAGACGACCAUGGUUCGAUGGCUGGCUUUGAAACUAGCGACUGCGUACCUUAACAAUUCUUCGAAUGUCGUUGUCCCUCGUCAUCAAGUCUACGUUGCUUUGUCUCUUAACGACAGGACAGAAUUCGAUAUGGGAUCAGUACGAGUUCCCGUGUUUGUUCGUAUUUCUGCUUUUGCCGACUACUUGCAAUCUUGCGAAUCUGUUCCUAGAAAAGCGAAAUACGCUCUUUUAGACUUUUUGGGAUCGAAAUCGCACGGCAGUCAUCUUAUGAGCAGCGUUGAUGACGAACUGUUCGGUGAGUCGUUGAACAAACGAAUAAGCGAACUCUUCUUUGAAGGAAAGAUUACUUUGAUUCUUGAUGGUCUCGAUGAAGUCGUAGUCGCUAGUGUUCGGCGUCAGGUUGUCGACUGUGUAAUGAAUUUAAUUGAACUUUGCCGUGACAAGUCUCCUUCCGAGCCUACAAGUCAGGUUGUUGUUACCAGCCGCGUUGCAGGGUACUUUGCUGCUCCUUUAUUACAAGACAUAGUUGUUCACGGCAGAGUGCAAGCGAUGAGCAGGCAGGCGAUAGACAGGUUUGUUGACUGUUGGAUGGAUGCCUAUUACAGCGGACUGGUAAACACACAGGACCAAUUUGCACGUCUUGGUUCUGCCAAAGAAGCUCUGCAAGCAGCAGCAAACCUGAAAAAGGCGAUAUACGAUCGAGAUCAUCCUUCUGUAUUUCUUUUGGCUUCAAAUCCUCUGUUGAUUACUCUAAUUGCCAUGAUUUUCACAGCCAACAAAGAGUUACCUAGAGAACGAGCUUCUUUGUAUGAAAUCACAUUCCACUAUCUUGUUAAGACUUGGAGAGAAGAUUGCACAAAGUUUUCGAAUGAUGAUCAAAAGUUUAUUGAAGAAUCACUGAAACGAGUGGCUUUCGACAUUCAUUCGACAGUCCAAACCGGUAUUAUUCGAAAGGGUGACCUUUUAAGCAAAAUGAUGACUACGUACUACGAAAUAGGCUCAACGAGCAGUAAGCGGUCCGAGGCUGAAAAUUACAUUGUAAACAUGAUAACUAAACUUCAACAGUCUGUUGGUCUACUGAUUGAGAAAGCUGCCGAUUCUUUCAGCUUUAUUCACUUGUCAUUUGAAGAGUUUCUUGCCGGAUGUUGGCUGCUUCGAGAUCCAACUAAAACAACGGAUAUGAUGCUCGAACGACUAAGUGAUCCUCGAUGGAGAGAACCAAUACUCUUGGCCUUUGGUUACGCCAGUAUUAAGUGGUCAAGAACUGAAUUUAAUGCGCUUUUGUCUUCUAUGUUAAGCACGAGUAACAAGGCUGGUACUGUUCGCGAUGUUGUUUCCUUGCCUGCGUUAUUAGUAGCAAGAUCGUUGCCUGAACUUCAAGUAGACUCGGUCGAAGAUCACGUCGUGAAUGAGCUGUUAGAAAUCCUCGUCACUUCGUUUCAUGUCGACUUUCGAUCCAGAUGCAACAGCACUACAAACGUCGUAAAGAAAUCGCUACGUCAGUUGAAGAAUAUCCCUCAGUGCAAAGUUCGAUUGGAAGCGGUACUGGAUAGGUGGUUGGCAUCGGGCGAUGUAUACAAGCAAUGCACUGUCGCUGCCCUUGCUGCUGCUCUUAGAAUGAUGACGGUAGAGCGUCAGAGAAAGCUCUGUAAUCUUGUUACAGUUGACCUUGCGGAACUAGGCAUGCCCAUCCACGCAGCUUUGCGGCAUAGUAGCUCUCCAUAUGUCGAUCAGUUUUUGGAAACAGCAACAGCUAUCACUACCGUGGACGACCUUUUUGAUGCGUUGUUGAAUCAUUUGAAAUCUGACAGUGAUAUUUACGAUGAUAGCGUAAAAACGGAAUUGGAAACAAUAAGAGCUUCUUACCAGUCCAGCAAUACUCUUGCUUUGUCUUCAAAAGAAGACUUUUUUAAUACUUGGAAACGUUGGUUGAAACAAUGGAAAGACGUCGCAGACCUGUCUGCAGCGACUGUAUAUCAAGACUUGGCACCGGAGAUUGGUCUUUAUGGAGACAUUUCAGGUAUUCAAUGCCAACUACAAAUAGACGUUUGUAUUACAAAGGCGGCGAUUGGAGCUUCUUUGAAAUUGUAUCACGACGUAAAAUUAAACGCAAGCAAACGAAAGUGCAAACCUGAGCAAGCGGCGUUGCUAUCAGCCGCUCAAAUGGUCAACCGUUUUGCUCUGUCCCGCCAAUAUCGGGUAGCGUGUGACGACGAUUUUGGCUUGUCUAGCGACAAAAGCGACUCAGUUCCUGACACUCUAAUCGAAGGAAUAAUAAUGCAACCAAAUACGAAUGUCGAGUCUGCUAUAUUAGCAUUUACAAGCGCUCUCAGAGGAUUGUUUUCGUCAAUUUUGUCGUUUGGAGUAAUCGGACCAGAGGAGGUUUUCAAAGGUUUACGAAAGGGGCUUAUGGUUGUAAUGAUGACGGUGGCAAAUGGGACAUCAGAAGUAGUUGCAAACGCGUCUGGACGACCGGAUGAUAUGAGUGAGUUUGAAACUUCCAUCCUAACGUUGCUUCAGACACAGAUGACCGCCGUAGAUGUUUCGGGGCUGUCAGACUUGUCUACGGGAGAAAUGAAGGAGGCCAUUUCGGCUAUAGUUGUAGAUGGGCUACAUAGGCUGAUCGAACCUACUCAGAACCAACUCCAGGGACUAACCAAAGCCAUGGACGUUUUGUACGAUUCAUUGGAUUUGAUUGACAAGUACGACAAGGCACUGGAGACAAUUGACCUUCUCGUAGCUACACGUAGUACCUAUCACGAACAGCGCCGAAUCUGUAAUGACACCUACAGACAACUUGCCGAUUUUAGACUUGCCAUUCUUCCUGCGCGACGUGAUUUUUCUUUGUUUCAAUCUUCCGUUUCUACCAGGUCGUUUAUCUCAACUUUGCAGUCAGAUCCUGCGCCGCUGAAGCGAAUUUGUAGUAAUUCAGGCCUCUUUCGGAUUUUUGUCGUGCUCUACGGUGGGAUAAGUAAUCUCCUCUAUACGGCGGUACUCGAGCGUGAUUUCAAAUCUCGCGCUUUUGACCAAGCUCCGCCAGCGGUUCAGCAACAUAUCAGGGAGCUGGAGAUGUCAUCUUUGACAACAAACGUCUCUAGAGAUCAAUUUGUGCAGGAGCAGAAACACCGCAAACAGACUACAAAACAACAUCGAUUGCUCGAGUUGACAAAGUCUGUUCUUCGUUUGAGUUACUCGUAUCGAGAGUGUUCGUCUAUGGACAAACAUUUGAAAAAGGCGCUGACCUCAAGGCGCGCAGCUCAAACGAACGCUUUAGAGUUCAUUCUUGAGCAAGCCGGUAAAGCUCUAGAUCUGGUUGGGGUUCACUCAUCAUUGCUGGAGCGCUGUGAUGCAUGUAAGACUAUUUGUGCAGCCGGAGAUGUGACUGUUGUAACCCAGUUCUUACAGCAAUUGCCUUUUAAUUUUGAAGUGGCUGCAUCCCUGGCCGAAUCUCUAGUUGCCCAUAUUGAGCCAACAUGCAGAGAAAUACAGCAGUUGCUUACUUCAGAUCACUUUGUUUCUUGGCUGUAUACCAACGACAGUAUAGAAAUGGUCAAAUCGUUGUUACAACUGAACAACGAAUUUGGCGGCUUUGUCGAUUUCGAUAAGUUAUUUCUAUUGCUGAAGAAAUCCAGUCGUGGUCAGACUAAGACGUUACUGGAAGCGGAAGCCAUGGCAGCAAUCUGUUGUGUUCCUAGCCAGUCGGACCUUUGUAGUGCCUUUUGGAAAAAGAAGGAAACGGAGAAAGUAGACGCACAGCAAGCUGUUGAAGCUGCUGAAAUGAUACUGAAUGUCUCACAGGCAAACGGCUGUCGGAGUUGGUGUAGAUUGCAAUGGCUUUCUGUGUUUGCCCACCCAUCUUCUGCCAUUUGCCAAUAUUCAGGACACCCUUAUACCGUUGACUUGUUGUUUUCACUGAUGGAAAUUUGCCGUAAACUUCCUGCUCAAUGCAACAUAAUUCUAGACUCCAUAGCUCCAACUGAAACCGAUCCUGAGGUGUCUCUGUUGUGGAGGUCGUUUCGUGUGGCCGUUUCGAUCGUUGCGGUUCCUAAAAGUAACUGGAUGAAUAUUCCUAAACUUUUGCAAGAAUUGGAGACAGCAGUGGAGAAUGUAGAAAACUUGUUUAUUAAAGGACAAGUUCUAAUUACUUUAGCAACGAUUUGCAACAGAAAAAAGUGCAACUUAUUGCAGAACGUAAUUGCAGUUUGUAACAAGCUGGUUAAGAUUGACUCCAAUUUGUCAUCUCAACUGCUGCUGUGGGCACUUAGCGUGUCUUCCGUGGCUGACUUUUGCUCUACUCUCGACAUUUUGGAACAUCACGUUUAUCAAAUUUCUGCUUCAUUGGAGAAAGGAAUGAAACUGGCUUUAGUGUCAUCGUUGCGCAACGGGAUCAGAAGAAACACUAUUGUAUGCGAAGCUCUCGACGCUCUCCGACAGUCUGACGUCGAUGCAAGUUUAGCUCGUGUUCUACGUAAUAUGUUUUGUUUCGUAGACGCAUGCAAUAGUCCCGAAAUUCAAAAGAGAUACAAUGAGAGAUUAGAAGGAUUAUCUCCCAACUUGGCUCAUAUCGCCCGAGGGCAUACACACCAUCCGAUCGAGGGUUUCAAGUCUUUCUUUAAGGAUUCUAAUGUGUGUGAUCUAUUGCUUCUCACAGCGAGGUUGCGUGAUUGUCUUGCCGAUGUUCAAGCGUGUUUUGCGUUAAGCGAUGAACGUCUUUUGUGGGAAGCAGUAUCGAAUGGCGAUGAGCGAACUCGAGAGCUAGCCAAGACCAAAUUGAAAACGAAGGCUAAAACGUCUUACCUCGACCUGACCAACCACUCUGUGCUUGUUUUGGAGAGGUUAAUAGAAUGUCGAGACAUCUUUCCUGUGCAGGUCCUUCCUUACAUGCGCAUUCUGGAGCUGGAAGUGUGCUGUUUGCUCAAAAAGUGGGUUCUUGAUGGUAACGUGGGUGAGGUGAUAAUCGAAAAGAAAUCUGAAACAAAGAUUUGCGAUAUAGCAAAUAUGCUGUUGGCUGAACAAGAAGGACUCAAUAUCAGCAACACCGAUUCUAUCAUUAAGCUAUUAAGUUGUGACAUCGACGUCUGUCGUCGUAGAGCUGAGGCCUUGCUAUCGGACGAGUCUCGUUUGUACCACACAGCACUUAUGGAACCACACUGGCUUCAUAAAAUGACGGAGUGGUAUCUCGACUUGCAUGAGGAAAACGACGUCCGAUGCUCGAUCCUAUACUGGAUUUACAAGCACGUUUGCCAUAACGAUGUCGAAUUCUACUCAAACCUGCUCUCUAGGGAAGGCGAUGACGAAAGAGAAGUCAUAAUUGGCACUACUCUGCGCGUCGACAAACAUGUUGGUGAGCUAUUGCUAAACUCUCUUACUGAUCGACAUCUUUCAUCGAGCUUGAAACGGAAUUUGUUUAUUUCUCUUUGCGAUAUUUGCUACAAUUACUCCUCCAAUUUUCCAUCGGCUGCAGCGUCAUUCUUUCAACGUUUACCUGGCAUAUGCAGGGAACUGGCAAGUAAUAGUACGGAAGACCUUAGGAGUGUACUUGCAUACAUAGGAACUCCACACAUUGUUUUAGAGAAAGCUACUGAGGCUGCCGGUGACUUGACGCAGACGUCUGAUUAUAGUGCUGGACGGAAAGAACAUCUCAUCGGAGUCAAUACCGCAUUCAUCACUGAUCUCACAUUUUAA